AUGGGGCAGAUUGCAUCUUCCCUUAGCAAUAGACCAGUGGGGACUCUUCCUAGUGAUACUGAAGCACCAAGGAGAGAUGGAAAGGAGUUUUGUAAAGCUCUCUAUUUGAGAAAUGGAAGAGAGGUUGAACAACCAGAGCAUGUUAUUAGGCCUUCUACAUUGAGGAAGUUGGCAGAAAAAAAAUGCAAGGCAGAUUCCAUUUCCACAAAGGUUCCAAAAACAAAACCAGGAGCAGCACUUCAAGAGGUUCUUAGACAUCCUCAAGCAACUCCAGAUCAACAUUCCAUUUGUGGAGGCCCUUCAAAACAUGCCAAGCUACAUCAAAUUUAUGAAGGCAUCCUAUCCAGUAAGAGGAGAAUAGAGGAGUUUGAGACAGUGGCACUUACUAAAGAAUGCAGCAGCAUCCUCUCCAGCAAAGUACCUCCUAAGUUGGAGGAUCCAGGUUUCGUUACGAUUCCUUGUAUUAUAGGGGAUAGGAAUAUUGGUAGAGCUUUAUGUGAUUUAGGCUGUAGCAUUAAUUUGAUGCAUGCUUCCAUUUUUAAGCAACUAGAAAUAAAAUCUUCCCCCACCACAUUAACUCUCCAACUAGCUGAUAGGUCUAUUGUAUACCCUGAAGGAAAAGUUGAAAAUAUUUUGGUAAAGGUGGAAAUAUUUAUUUUUCUUGCUGACUUCAUAAUCCUUGAUUGUGAAGUUGAUGAAAACAUUCCUAUUAUAGUAGGAAGACCAUUUUUAGCUAUAGGGGGUGCAAUGAUAGAUGUUAAAAAAGGAGAGUUAACAAUAAGGGCAAAUGAUGACACUAUGAUCUUUAGUGUUUUUAAAGCCAUGAGAUUUGUGGAUGAUGAAGUUGAUGAUUGUUCUGCUAUAACUAUCAUUAAUCACUUGGUUGCUGCCCAUGUUCAAGAAAAUCUUGAAAUUAGUGAAUCUGCUAUUUUCGAAAUUAAUGAGAAUGCUGCAUCUGAACAUGAUCAAACAUGUGCAUUCACGUCUUAUCCUACUAAGUUCUUUGGUGAUAAACAUUUUGAGUCCCUUGGACUUCAUGAAAGAAUCACUAAACCUCUUAAACCAUCCAUUGUGGAACCACCUGGCGUGGAGUUGAAACAACUCCCAACCCACCUCAAAUAUGCUUUUCUGGGAAGAGAUAACACCCUCCCAAUAAUUGUUGCAUCUGCCCUCAAAAGCAAUGAGGAAAAUCAGCUGCUAAAUGUGCUUAAAAAUCACAAGAGAUCCAUUGGUUGGACCAUGGCUGAUAUUAGAGGCAUUAAUUAG